AUGUUCUUCCUGAAGCUUUCUCUACUCACAUUGUUGGCUGUAGCUUCUGACUUGCUUGUUCAUGCGGAAAAUGUGAUCACCUGUGAUGGUAGUGUCCAGCACCUCAGCUGUGACACUGGACUGAUAAAUGUGAUGUCUGCUAUAUAUGGCCGGACAGACAAACGCAUCUGCACUACUGGUCGCCCUUUUUCUGAAAUCCAGAACACCGCAUGUGUCUUGAAGAUUCCCAUUAUCUCUGCUAGGUGCAAUGGGCUUAGGCAGUGUGAGUUUAAGACUGAUACACUUGGCAGCCCUGACCCAUGUAACGGAACGGACAAGUACUACAACACCACUUACAACUGUAUCAAAGGCCAUGUCAGUGUAACGUGUGAAGAUGGCUACAGCACACUGGACUGUGGGAAUGAUGUGAUUCAGAUCAUCAAUGCUAACUAUGGGCGCACAGAUUCUACAACCUGCUCACAUGGGCUACCUGACACUAUCCUGGCUGACACCAACUGCUAUGCUUCUGGCACACUUUCUAUUGUGGCUACGAAGUGCAAUGGGAAGAGCAGUUGCACUGUGCAAGCUUCAAACACCACCUUUAAAGAUCCGUGCUUCGGAACUUCCAAGUACCUCACUGUCUCCCAUCAUUGUCUCCCACAUCCAGUUCAGACCAGUGUGACCUGUGAAGGAGAUAAUGCUGUUCUGACAUGUGGCGCUGGUGUUUUAAAUAUCCACAAUGCUAACUAUGGCCGAACUGAUUCCACCGCAUGUUCUACUGGACGACCUAGCAGCCAAACCAGUAAAACUGACUGCUAUGCAACCAACACACUAACUGAGGUUACAAACAGAUGUGAAGGCAAGAGCAGCUGUGUAGUACCUGCCACAAACUCUGUCUUCUCUGACCCCUGUUAUGGCACUUACAAGUACCUGAGCAUUAAAUAUUCCUGUGUGGUGCACAACCACCUCUAA